AUGUCAUUACCAACAGUUUUUUAUUUAUCCACUUCUUCAAUGUCAACACUUUCUGAAGGGAUUGUCGGGAAGAGAAAAAGAGGGGGUACAAAAAAAACAAAAUCAAUACCUAAAGGAGAUAUUUUGAUAGAUUCUGCUAAGAAUGAAUGGAUAAUACUUAAUUCGAUUGCAAGAGGUGGUUUCGGAGAAAUUUAUACAGCUUCUAAAUCAACUUCGGCAAAACAAGACAACUUUAUUAUAAAAAUUGAACCUACAGAAAAUGGACCAUUAUUUUGUGAAAAAACAGUUUACAUUAGAAUUGGUAAAAAGGAAGACAUUAAAGAAUACAUGAAAUCGAAAGGUUUAAAAUCGUUAGGAAUGCCACAAUUCUAUGGUUCUGGAAAUCACAUUGCAGAUGGGAAAAAAUAUAGGUUUUUAGUUAUGGAAAGAUAUGGUAGAGAUUUAUGGUCCAUUUUUUUAGAAAACAAUAGAAUAUUUCCAGUAUCGACAGUUUUUAAAAUAGCCAAUCAAGUUCUUGAUGUUUUAGAGUACAUUCAUUCGAAGGGAUAUGUUCAUGCAGAUAUAAAAGGAGCCAAUUUACUAUUAGGAAAAAUGAAAGGUUAUGAAAAUCAAGUUUACCUUGUCGAUUUCGGUCUUGCAGCAAGGUAUACAAAUGUAUAUAAACCUGAUCCUAGAAGAGCUCACAAUGGUACAUUAGAAUAUACUAGUAGAGAUGGACAUGAAGGCAUCGUUACACGAAGAGGUGAUAUCGAAGUUUUGGGUUAUAACAUAUUACAAUGGAUUUCAUCGAAUUUACCAUGGGAACAUAUGAGAGACUUAAAUGAAAUUCAUGGGAAAAAAGUUAAAUACAUGAAAAAUUACAAUCAAUUAUUACAGAUUUGUUUUAAUAACAAAACUCCACCAGGAGCAUUAGAAAAAUAUUUUAACGUUUUGUCCAAAAUGGAACCGUUACAAGAACCAAAGUAUAAAUUAUUAAAACAAUAUUUAAGCGAUGGAAUCGCACAAACGGGUGACACGAGUAAUAAAUUAAAUUUCUCACCGAAAAAAUGUAGGACGAUUGAUAAAAGUCCUCCAUCUUCGGUUCCUGCAAAACUUCGUAAAAUGAAUAAUGAAAAAAUAAUUUGUCCUACCCAUAAACGUCCGCCAACAACAAAUCGUAAACGCAUGAUUUCAUCGAAACAACCCCGGAAAAGAAAAACGUUAAAAGAAGUUGGAAGGAUUGUCCUUCUGUUGUUAGUUGUGCCGAAUUAUUAA